UCUCUCAGACAAACCUCUAGACCCUCCCCCCCACCUCUCCCCACCGGGGAUAAAAAUCCUUCCUUUUUUUUUUUUCCACACUUUCUUCGCUCUUCGCUCUCGGAAAAUCUAGAGGUUUAGCUGUCGGAAAUCCAUUCGAAGAGUUCGUCCUGGGAUUGAGGAAAUGUCGUACCCGCUGGAGCAGCAACAGCAGCAGCCAGCGCCGCCCUCGCCGGUGUACGACGCGGUGUCGACGGCGAACGGUGGGGGGUCGUACGGGCCGGUGAUCGGCGUGCUCGCCGUGAUAGCGGUGCUCGGAGUGAUCGCGGGGAUCGUGGGGCGGCUCUGCUCCGGGCGGAGGAUAUUCGGGUACGGCUACGACUUCGAGGGGUGGAUCGAGCGCAAGUGCGCCGCCUGCAUCGACGGUAGGUUGGAGCUCCGUCCGCCACAGGCGGCGGCUGCGGCGACGACGGGAGGAGCGGGGCCGGGCGCGAAUGGAAGCGGUGGAGCUGCUGCGGGGGCGGCGGCGGGAGGAGCGGGGGCGGGCGGUAAACAGGCGGCGCAGAACCCGGCGAGGACGGCCGAGACCUGAGUGGGUUCUCGAGCAGUAUGUGGAAUGGGGUCCUCCUCCUUUUUUUCCUCCUUUUUUUUUUAUUUUAAAUAUUUAUUUGCUCUUUUCCUUUUUGUUUAUGCUUAUGUUGGGUCUUUGGGGAGUCUUUGUUAGUGUGGCAGCCAUGGCGUCACAUUUCAAAGUGCUGGGGGUGAUGUUAGAACUUGAGAAGGGGUACCGUGAAAAGAAAUUGAGUCUUUGUUCUCU